AUGGCGAGCGGCCGGGGCGCGCGGGCUCUCGGGCCGCCGGGGCGCCUCCCGCCGCCGCCGCUGUGCCUGCUGCUGCUGCUGCUGCUGCUGCGGAGCCCGGCCCGGGCCGCGCACAUCAAGAAGGCGGAGGCGACGAGCACGGCGACGAGCGCGGGCGCCGAGGCGGGCGAGGGCCAGUUCGACCGCUACUACCACGAAGAGGAGCUGGGCUCGGCGCUGCGGGAGGCGGCGGCCGCGGGGCCCCCGGGCCUGGCCCGCCUCUUCAGCAUCGGCCGCUCGGUGGAGGGCCGGCCGCUGUGGGUGCUGCGCCUCACGGCCGGCCUCGGGCCGCCCCUCCCUGACGGCGGCGCCGGGCCCGACGCGGCGGGGCCGCUGCUGCCCGGCCGGCCGCAGGUGAAGCUGGUGGGCAACAUGCACGGCGACGAGACGGUGUCGCGCCAGGUGCUCGUCUACCUGGCCCGGGAGCUGGCGGCCGGCUACCGCCGCGGGGACCCGCGCCUCGUCCGCCUGCUCAACACCACGGACGUGUACGUGCUGCCCAGCCUCAACCCCGAUGGCUUCGAGCGCGCCCGUGAGGGCGACUGCGGCUUCGGCGACGGCGGACCUCCCGGGGCCGGCGGCCGCGACAACAGCCGUGGCCGCGACCUCAACCGCAGCUUCCCGGACCAGUUCAGCUCGGGGGCGCCGCCCGCCCUGGACGACGUGCCAGAGGUGCGCGCCCUCAUCGACUGGAUCCGCAGGAACAAGUUCGUGCUUUCUGGAAAUCUGCAUGGUGGCUCCGUGGUAGCAAGCUAUCCUUUUGAUGAUUCUCCGGAACACAAGGCCACUGGAAUCUAUAGCAAAACCUCAGAUGAUGAAGUCUUUAAAUACUUGGCAAAAGCCUAUGCUUCAAACCACCCCAUUAUGAAAACAGGGGCCCCUCACUGCCCCGGAGAGGAGGAUGAGACCUUCCCAGACGGGAUCACGAAUGGUGCGCACUGGUAUGACGUAGAAGGUGGUAUGCAAGAUUAUAAUUACAUAUGGGCCAACUGUUUUGAGAUCACAUUGGAACUGUCUUGUUGCAAGUACCCCCCUGCUUCGCAGCUUCAGCAAGAAUGGGAGAACAAUCGUGAGUCUUUGAUCACAUUGAUUGAAAAGGUCCACAUUGGAGUUACAGGAUUUGUUAAAGACUCAGUAUCAGGAUCUGGCUUAGAAAAUGCAACCAUCUCAGUAGCUGGUAUUAAUCAUAAUAUCACAACAGGCAGAUUUGGUGAUUUCCACAGAUUACUUGUUCCUGGGACUUACAACAUUACAGCAGUUUUAAUUGGGUAUAUGCCACUGACUAUUAAUAAUGUAAUAGUGAAAGAAGGACCAGCUACAAAGGUGAAUUUUUCCCUGAGGCCAACUGUGAUCUCAGAAAUCCUUGACACAACGGAGGCUGUAGUAACUGCGAGCACAGUUGCUGUACUUGAUCUUUCUCCUGGAACACAGUCCUCCCACCAGCCAAUUCAGCCAAAGGACUUCCGCCACCACCAUUUCCCUGAUAUGGAAAUCUUCUUGAGAAGGUUUGCUAAUGAAUAUCCCAACAUCACCCGGCUCUAUUCAUUGGGAAAAUCAGUAGAGUCAAGAGAACUUUAUGUAAUGGAGAUAUCUGAUAAUCCCGGUAUUCAUGAACCAGGUGAACCAGAAUUUAAGUACAUUGGAAAUAUGCAUGGAAAUGAAGUGGUGGGACGAGAACUGCUAUUGAACCUUAUUGAAUACCUUUGUAAGAACUUUGGAACAGACCCUGAAGUUACAGAUUUGGUUCGUAGCACUAGAAUUCACCUGAUGCCAUCCAUGAAUCCUGACGGGUAUGAAAAGGCUCAGGAAGGAGAUUCAAUAAGUGUAAUUGGCAGAAACAACAGCAACAACUUUGACUUGAACCGAAAUUUCCCAGACCAGUUUGUUCAGAUCACAGAUCCAACCCAACCAGAAACCAUUGCUGUAAUGAGCUGGAUGAAGGCCUAUCCAUUUGUGCUGUCAGCAAACCUGCACGGAGGUUCUUUGGUGGUUAACUACCCUUUUGAUGAUGAUGAUCAAGGGUUUGCAACAUACAGUAAAUCACCUGAUGAUGCUGUGUUUCAGCAAAUAGCACUUUCUUAUUCCAAGGAAAAUUCCCAGAUGUUUCAAGGUAGACCUUGCAAGAAUAUAUACCCUAAUGAAUACUUUCCUCAUGGAAUAACAAAUGGAGCUAAUUGGUAUAGUGUCCCAGGUGGUAUGCAGGACUGGAACUAUUUACAAACAAAUUGCUUUGAAGUGACUAUUGAACUAGGUUGUGUGAAAUACCCGUUUGAGAAGGAUCUGCCAAAAUUUUGGGAACAGAAUCGAAGAUCUCUAAUCCAAUUUAUGAAACAGGUUCAUCAGGGUGUCAAAGGAUUUGUCCUAGAUGCCACGGAUGGCAGAGGUAUAUUAAAUGCCACCAUUAGUGUUUCUGAAAUCAAUCACCCAGUGACUACUUACAAAACUGGAGAUUACUGGCGUCUCUUGGUUCCAGGGGCUUAUAAAAUCACAGCAUCUGCUGAAGGGUACAAUCCAGUUACCAAGAACGUGACCGUGAAGAGCGAAGGUGCUGUUCAGGUCAACUUCACACUUGUUCGAUCUUCACCAGAUGCAAACAUUGAAUCAAAGAAAGGAAAGGGAGAUAGGACCAACACUGAUGAUGCCAGUGAUCCAACUACCAAAGAGUUUGAAACUUUAAUUAAAGACCUUUCAGCUGAGAAUGGUUUGGAAAACCUCAUGUUACGCUCCUCCUCAAAUCUGGCCCUUUAUCGAUACCACUCAUACAAAGAUUUAUCAGAGUUUUUAAGAGGACUUGUGAUGAACUACCCACAUAUUACAAAUCUUACCAAUUUGGGACAGAGUGCUGAAUAUCGUCAGAUUUGGUCUCUUGAAAUAUCCAAUAAGCCCAAUGUAUCUGAGCCUGAAGAACCAAAGAUUCGUUUUGUUGCUGGUAUCCAUGGAAAUGCUCCAGUUGGAACUGAAUUGCUUUUGGCUCUGGCAGAAUUUCUCUGUCUAAACUAUAAAAGGAACCCUGCUGUUACCCAAUUGGUUGACAGGACUAGAAUUGUGAUUGUCCCUUCUCUAAAUCCAGAUGGGCGAGAGAGAGCACAAGAAAAAGACUGUACUUCAAAGACAGGACAAGCAAAUGCCCGUGGCAGAGAUCUGGAUACAGACUUUACAAAUAAUGCUUCCCAGCCUGAGACUAAAGCCAUCAUUGAAAAUUUGAUUCAAAAACAGGACUUCAGUCUUUCUGUAGCCUUAGAUGGUGGUUCAGUUCUGGUCUCAUAUCCAUAUGAUAAGCCAGUACAAACAGUGGAAAACAAAGAGACUCUGAAGCAUUUGGCAUCACUUUAUGCAAAUAAUCAUCCAUCAAUGCACUUGGGUCAGCCCAGUUGCCCAAAUAAGUCAGAUGAGAAUAUUCCAGGAGGAAUAAUGCGUGGAGCAGAAUGGCACAGCCACCUGGGCAGCAUGAAGGAUUAUAGUGUCACCUAUGGCCACUGCCCGGAAAUCACGGUGUACACAAGCUGCUGCUACUUUCCUAGCGCAGCACAGCUCCCUUCCUUGUGGGCAGAAAAUAAAAAAUCUCUUCUUAGCAUGUUGGUGGAGGUUCACAAGGGAGUUCAUGGGUUUGUUAAAGAUAAGACUGGAAAACCAGUCUCCAAUGCAGUCAUUGUACUCAAUGAAGGAAUAAAGGUACACACCAAAGAGGGUGGCUACUUCCAUGUCCUGUUGGCGCCUGGUGUCCAUAACAUCAAUGCCAUCGCAGAUGGGUAUCAGCAACAGCAUUCACAGGUCUUUGUGCAUCAUGAUGCAGCUAGUUCUGUGGUCAUAGUCUUCGACACAGAUAACCGGAUAUUUGGUUUGCCAAGGGAGCUUGUGGUGACUGUAGCAGGUGCCACCAUGUCGGCAUUGAUCCUAACAGCUUGCAUUAUUUGGUGCAUCUGCUCAAUCAAGUCUAACAGACACAAGGAUGGCUUCCAUCGGCUCAGGCAGCAUCACGACGAAUAUGAAGAUGAAAUUCGCUUGAUGUCAACCGGCUCCAAGAAGUCCCUCUUAAGCCAUGAGUUCCAGGAUGAAACGGACACUGAAGAGGAAACAUUAUAUUCUAGUAAACAUUGA